UAAGAAAAACAUGUGAAGCGAUGUAUAUAAAGAAAUCGGAGUUGGGAGGCGAACUGUAAUGCUUUUGGUUGAAUCAGCAAGAAAUCCAGAGGUCCGCUUUACCGCUUCUCCAAGACAACUCUUCUUCAACCCCUCCGCCCAUUCUUCUCGCUCUGUCGGAAUCCAUUGAUCAUGAUUAAAGUGAGUGUAAAGUGGCAAAAGGAGCUGCUCCGAGAUGUUGAAAUUGACACCAGCCUGCCCCCAUAUGUUUUCAAGGGCCAGUUGUUUGAACUCACAGGGGUACCUCCUGAAAGGCAGAAGAUCAUGGUUAAGGGUGGCAUACUGAAGGACGAUUCAGAUUGGUCGACUGUAGGAGUAAAACAGGGCCAAAAAUUAAUGAUGAUGGGUACUGCAGAUGAGAUUGUCAAGGCACCAGAGAAGGACCCUGUCUUUAUAGAAGAUCUUACUGAAGAGGGACAAGUUCUUGCAGUUGGUCACAGUGCUGGUUUGUUUAAUAUGGGAAACACAUGUUACAUGAAUUCAACUUUACAGUGUCUGCAUUCUGUUCCUGAGCUCAAGUCAGCUUUGAUUAAGUUCUCAAGUGCUGAGCAUAACAAUGUGGAUCAAACUUCCCACAUGUUAACUAUUGCAACCCGGGAUUUAUUCCGCGAGCUUGAUAGAAGUGUCAAGGCAGUGGCACCUAUGCAGUUCUGGAUGGUGCUGCGGAAAAAAUUUCCUCAAUUUGGCCAGAUGCAGAACAGUACAUUCAUGCAACAAGAUGCUGAAGAAUGUUGGACACAACUUGUAUACAAUCUAUCUCAGUCCCUUAGGUCAGCAGGUUCAAGUGAAAACCCUGAUGUUAUAAAAGACCUAUUUGGCAUUGAUCUUGUAAGCAGAGUACGUUGUGAAGAAAGUGGAGAGGAAAGUUCAGAAGCAGAAUCAGUUUAUUCACUUAAAUGUCAUAUAUCACAAGAAGUGAACCAUUUGAGUGAAGGAUUAAAGCAUGGUUUAAAGUCAGAAAUAGAUAAAGUGUCUUCUUCACUGGGGCGAAGUGCAAUUUUCUUAAAGGAAUCUCGUAUUAAUAGCCUGCCAAGGUAUUUGACAAUUCAAUUUGUUCGCUUUUUUUGGAAGAGAGAAUCAAAUCAGAAGGCCAAAAUUUUGAGGAAAGUGGAUUAUCCUUUGGAGUUAGAUGUGUUUGAUUUGUGUUCAGAUGAUCUCCGGAAACAAUUGGAAGCUCCUCGACUGCUUUUGAGGAACGAGGAAGACAAAAAACUCGGUCUGAAACCCCAUGAGAAGACUUCGGAUUCCACGGACAAGGAUGCGAAGACGUCUGAUGGAGAAGGCACGUCUACUGGGAAUGAGGCACAGUUAAGUGUUGCACCUCAAGAAGAUGCCCCUUCUUCUGACAAGGAAACACAAAUGACUGGCAUCUAUGAUUUGGUAGCUGUGUUAACCCACAAGGGGAGGAGUGCAGAUUCGGGGCAUUAUGUUGCCUGGGUCAAGCAAGAAAGCGGGAAGUGGAUUGAAUAUGAUGAUGAUAACCCCAUGGUACAGAGAGAAGAAGACAUCUUAAAGCUGUCUGGUGGAGGUGAUUGGCAUAUGGCAUAUAUAUGCAUGUACAAGGCUCGUGUUGUCCCCAAGUGAUCUCGAUCACGUUCAAACUUAACGUGAGGGCUUCCACGGUUGGCUAGAAAGUUUCCUGUGUAAACCAAGUAUUUCUUAAAUGGUUUGCUCUAUAGCUGCUUGGCUGAAAGCAAGCCGGGGUCUGGUUAGAUACACUCUUCUCAGAACUAAAUAUGUCAUCUUGAAAUGUGUGGUUCAUUGAACACUGUUUGAUUUGCUGCUCAAACGUUAUUGCUCGUUUUCUAUUUCUGUUUGGGACAAUGCAAACUUUACUAUUAGCUUUA